AUGACCAUAGAGGAGCGUAAUGAACAUAUUUAUCUUCUUAACGACUUUGCACCAUUGAAUUCAGAGAGUGAACAAACUGGAGAGACGUCAGAAGACGGAGAAGUCUUGGAUGAAGAUCAAUUCCUUGGUUACAAGACGAAUCCAUCGGAACAGACUGGGGAAGAUUCUGGAACUGAUGACGAGUCGAGUACACGUGGCGAGCAAGUCAGUGAUGAUGAUAUACAAAAUAAGAAUCUCACCGGAAAUAGCGAUAAAGGAACAGAGGUUGAAAAAAUGAGAAAUGGAAAAGAUGAGGGUUUCGAACCUGCGAAAAUGGAUGAUGAAGUUGAUGGAAAUUCGAAGCAGCACAGCAUGGUUGAAGAAGAUGAUAGGAAUUCCAGGUCUGAGAGGAGGAGCGACGAGAGCGAUGAGCUUGAUCUACAAUCACGAUUACGUAUGCACCAUGUCCUCAACGCACGAGAACUUCUUUUCUCGCGAACAGCGACUUAUCCAGAAAAUUUUGAACGAACACAUCAAAACAUCAGGGGCUUCCCACUAGAUUGGUAUGAUCUGGAAACGCUGAAACCGGGGACGGAAUUGAGUGAUAACAUCCUGAAUGCAUUCGCUGCAAUGUUAGUAGAUACAGCUCGGGAGACUAGACGGGCGAACGUCUUGUUUAUUAAUACAUCGAUAACCGGAAACCUCAUCUUGAAUAAAUUGCAUGAGAGAUUCAAGAGAAAUCUCGUUCGACGUCGCCUCUCUGGAGUUGAAUAUUGGAUACUUCCGCUCCAUCUAUUGACUCGCAAUCACUGGACUCUGAUGAUUGUCGAUGCAAAGAAUCAUAUGCUCGUGUUGAUAGACUCGAUGCGUCGAAAACUUCCGUCCUUACAUCUCUUCCAUGCCAAUUUGACGUUGGUCAACAUGCUUGAUCCAGAAAUGGCACAAAGUGACCCACCCUCGAGUAAUUACUGUCCAUCUGACGUACCCGAUCAAAAUGAUUUGGUCAGUUGUGGCAUCCAUGCCUGCCUAUGGAUGUACAUAAUUUGUACUUCUUUACCGAUUGAAUGUGAUCACGAAGACACACUCUUCGCUCGAGCGGGAAUCACAAGAAUGUUGAUGGAAAACCCAGUGGCUGAAACCGCUGAAAGUAUCGAGCGUAUUCCAAUUCAUAAAGAAUUGCUGGAUACAUAA